AUGCAAUAAUAAUAAUAAUAAAAAGAUAUAUAUUUUUUUUUAACAGGAUUUGGAGAGUUUUAUGGAGUUAAAGAUAAUCCAACAAAAACUCUAAUUGAAUCCUUAAAAAACGAAGAAAAAGAGUAACUUUCAGUCCUUCACGCAGAAGUUUUAGAAGUUUCUAUCUAAGGAGUUGAUGAAUACAUCAAUUAGAUUGGAGAUAAUAUUUAAAAAAGAAAUGAUAAUAAUUCUAUUUAUGUGCUUCUUCACUUUGGAGUUGAUGCAAAUUCAAAAAAUUUUGUUUUAGAAUAAACAGGGUAUAAUUAAAAGCAUUUUAUCUGUCCUGAUAUGAGAAACAACACUCCUUGCUAACAACUUAUAUCAAAAGACUUCAAUAUAGAUCAUGGAUUAAAAACAAAUUUAGAUUUAGAAGAAGUUAAAAAUUUAAUUUUGAGUGAAUCGAUAAAGGUUACAGCCAAUAAAGAUGUAUUUAAAUUAGGUAACGAUCCUGGCAGAUAUAUUUGCAAUUAUAUUUACUUUAGAAGUUUGCACUGCUUCUAGCAUUAAAUAUAAAAUACAGGAAGCUAAAUAUAUAGUCUUUUUAUUCACUGCCCUCCUUUUAAAGAAAUCAAUUAAGAAACACAAAAAGAUCUUGUUUUCAUUCUGAUAAAAUCAAUAUAAAAAUCACUUUUAAAUGAAAAACAGUAAUGA